AGCCCGCCCCUUUCCUCAUCCUCCGCGCUGCCCCGCUCCCCACACCCGGCGCACCAGCGGGACAGUCCGGCUGCACCAGCGGCUCGCUCAGACCACCCCAACCUACACAGCACUGCCCACUGAAAAAUAAUUAAACCUGAGGGAAGCGGUCACUGUUUCUGCGCUUUAAAGUUUCCUGAGAAAUCAGAACUAGUGGUUCCAAGCUGAAGCAGCCAGGCUCUGCCCAGACAGAGGUGCCAUACCGAGGAUAAUGGAGGAGAUGAAGGAUUAGGGGAUAAUCCAGGAUGGCUCCAUGGUGUGACCGCAGAACCGUUUGCAGCUGGAUUUGGACCUAUUUCUGAGCUGAUGUUGACAAAGCCAAAGCCCAAAGCGAGCCAUUCCACCUGACCACACUCCAACUGGAUCGGCUGCCUCCAGGAACACAACUGCAUAGUGUUCUCCUCAAUUUGUGCCUGUUUAAUUCAGCCAGCUAUGCAUGUCAACAAGCUACAAAGACUGGGACAGAACUUGGCCUGUACAUAAUAAACAGACAUGUUAUUCUAGUGAACUAUUUGGCACUGUAGGCCUGGAGUUUUACGUUUCAGCCUCAAAAACGACACAGCUUCAGAUCUUGGAAUAACCAUUGAGAGCUAUUUUCCAGGUCCACACUUUGGACUGAUGAACUGUCAGUGACUUUGGUAAAACUCUAAAAGGAGACAAGUUGAAAUUUAUUGUUAAGUUUGACCUUUCUGUGGGAUUAAAGGCAAUUCCAGAAAUUGUUUCGAGUUGAUUCUCAAGAAGAUCCGAGCCAUUCUUGAUUUCUGAUCAUGAAUCUUCAGGAAAAGCUGUCAGGUCUGAAGGGUCUGGUCUCACAUUCCCACAGCAAGCGUCGCCAUAAAGGAGACCUAACGGUGGACAUGAUUAGCCCUCCUCUGGGAGACUUCCGCCACACCAUGCACGUGGGCCGCGGUGGCGAUGUAUUUGGGGACACAUCCUUCCUCAGCAAUCAUGGCGGGAAUGCCAACGGGAACAAUGGGGAAACUGAUUCUGUUUCCAGUCCUGACAACAAGAUCGGAGCUUUCUUCUCCAGGACCCUCCGUCAAAUUAGGAGGGGCUCUGAUAAUCGACCCAGAGAGGCAUCCAAGGAUUUCUCUCCACCGCCCCCUGCCAUUUCUCCCAUCAUCAAAAAUGCCAUCUCCCUGCCCAGGCUGGAUGUGGAUAUGCCUAAUGGAAGCCCCACCACCAAGGUGCUCUUCCCCAGUUCUCAAAACACGCCUGAGGAGAAGAAAAGCUCUUAUGGUCUGGAGUCUGGUUUCGUCACCUUGCCUCGCCUUUCGCGCUCCGAGCGUCAGCAGCCAUCCAUCUCCAUCCCCACCUCCUGCUCCACCAACAUUCACCGCGGCUCUCUGACCGACCCCUCUGACAUCAUCCUGUCCACCUGCUCCGCCUCUGUUGAAACUUCCGACCCCUGUCGCACCACUGCCUUCUCCGACUCCCUUCCUUCCCUCACCUCCCUGGAUACCUUCACCUUUGACCUCGGCCCCUCCCUCAUGAGCGAGGUAUUUAGCCUCAUCGAUGGCCACCCGGAGGAGCGCAGCCACACCUGGGAGGGAGAGGAGAUAGGGUCAGCAUGCGGGCUGACCGCUGAAGGUUCAGAAAUGGACUCCUUGGCCACAAUCUCAUACGUGGAUUCAUUGCUGAAGGAAGACUGUGGGGGUGGAAAGAUCCCACAUGGGGCCCAGUGGGAAGAGGAGGGGAGCGCAAUGGAGUCGAAUGGAGUCGGGCUUUCUGUUAAAGUUCCUGAUGUAGUGAUGGGGUCUUCUGAGCGGGGAAUGAUGGGAGUAAGGAUGGAGAGCAAACGAUUUCAGAGUGCUACAGACGUGCUUGCUCGUCACUAUGGUGCCGGCCUCUUAAAGGGACAGAGCAGGGCUGAGACCGGAGAUUCAGAGUUCAUGAGCCAGCCGAGGAAGAAAAUAUCCUACAGUUAUAUGGAUGACGAGGACGAAAUUAAAGUCUGAGCUCAGAAAAUCAAACGUGUUGGAAAAAAUUGUUUAAAAAAAUGUGAUGUGUAAUUCCUCUGAAAGUCCAAUCAAAUCAAUCACGUAAAAUCAUCAUGUGGUUGAAAAAAGGCUGGUUCUGCUGACAGAACGAGCAUGGAAACUUAACACCCUUCGCCCUUAAUACAGAAUUCCUUCUAUGCAAUCGUGCUCCAAGGAUAUAAAAUUUUGAUUCAAACCUGCUGCUGAAUGUACCUAAAAGGAGUGAAAGACUUGGCUGCUGCACGUUUCCUGCUCUGCACAGGAAAAUAACUGAAGCAAUGGAGGGUAUGGAAAGUGCGGAUGUACUAGCGAAUGUAGUUACAAUCAAAGGAAAGCCCAGCGUUACUCAACGCGGAAGUUGCAACGCCUGACGUUCACUUUAUCCUUUUUUACACUUCCUCAUAUACGAGGGGAAAAGGCUUCCGGUGCAAGACCAGAUUACUAAUGAGAACACAGAAAGGAAGUCGGGGGGGUUGGAAAAAUAUAUUUGGUCUUAACACAAACUUUUGCUAUCACUACAAUCUCUUUUUACUCAGGAAUAUACUAGCAGGGGAGAAAAAAGGGAAGAACAGUACUUAACAAGAAAAGGGGAAAUCCCAGAACUUACAGUAUAAAGUCUCAUCAGAUAAUCAGAGAUCUCAUUUAUAACACUACGCGGACCAAUGUAAUACUACACGUAAUACUGGUAUUUGCUAGAUGCAACUAAAGCCUGAAUUAUAUAUUGUGCAUUGUAUGCUGCAAACCUUCUAUAUAGAUAAUCUGUGCACCUUUUUUAUGAUUAUGAAGUCCGACCCGUGUAUUGCUUUUUUUUUUAAUAGAGGAAACAUCAUGCAUAUGAUACUUUAUACAGCUGCACAUGAAGAUAUCUGAUGACCUCCUAUGAAUAUGUACAUACAGUAUGAGCACCUGCAGUAAGUACAUAGUGCAAUUCACAUCCAUAUGCUGCAGCCAGUACCAGCGAUUAUACUACAAAAAUAUAAAAUGACAAUAAAGGUGUUUUUAAUGAGUUGUGCAUUCA